AGUGUUGUUGUUAAAACAAAACAAACUAGGGCUAAGAUCGCUUCGUAGAACGAGGUCCAGACUCAAACUGUCAGUCACUGUCGCUGAUAGUUUCGGUCACUAUAAAUUGUUUCUCCAAAGGGUCUCAGUUAAGCGAGACUAUGUUAUAUAGACGAGAAUUCGGUCGAUUGUUAACGUACAUAUUUAGUACUUGAAUAUGAAGCGAAUUAGUAUUUAUGAACUUGUUUUGUUUAAGAAGGCGAAGUGUUGUUUAUAAAUUUUUAUAGAUAUACAGCUAAAGAUGUCUGCCUCAAAGGCACAAGUGGAUGUGGAUGUGAAUGAGGUGAAAUUGCUGCCUGCAUCUCCAGCAGUGGCACAAGCACAUGAAGCCCAGUUUAUCAGUGAAGAUGAAGUAGAGGACAUUGACAGCCCUGUCGUGGAAAAUGUGCAGAGGAUUGUCAUUACAGAUCCAAAUGCCUUGGAUGUUGAUUUUUACCACAGCCGAAUUGUCAAGAUAGAAAAUUUAGAAUGUCUAACCCAGUGUGAGACAUUGUGUAUACGACAGAAUCUUCUGAAGAAGAUGGAAGGUUUGUCGACUCUCUCCACAGUGAGGGAACUAGACCUGUAUGACAAUCAGAUCACAGCCAUUGAGGAUUUGGAUGGCAUGGUGAACCUUGAGCAACUUGACUUGUCGUUUAACAAAAUUUCCAAACUGACUGGACUGGAAAAGUUGUUGAAGUUAAAGAAACUAUUUCUGAUUCACAACAAGAUUUCAAAGAUUGAAAAUAUCUCACAAUUGACUCAGCUGGAAAUGUUGGAACUUGGCUCCAACAAAAUCAGGGUAAUCGAAGGCAUCACCACACUUACAAACAUCACCAGCUUGUUCAUCGGCAAAAACAAGAUUACGAAGCUACAGGGGAUGGACACGUUGGUCAAUUUGAAGUGCCUUAGUCUUCAGAGUAACCGUAUCAUCAAAAUCGAGGGUUUGGACAAACUGGAGAAUUUGGAAGAGCUGUAUCUCAGUCACAAUGGCAUCGAGAAAAUUGAGGGAAUCGAAAAAAAUGUUAAUCUAACAACAUUGGAUCUCUCUUCAAACCGAGUCAGAAAACUUGAAAAUCUGUCGCUUCUUGUCAAUCUACAAGAAUUCUGGUUUAAUGACAACAAGCUGGACAACUGGGAAGACAUAAAUGCUCUUGUGUCCCUAAAGAAACUGGAAACUGUUUAUUUGGAAAGGAAUCCAAUUUAUUACGAUCCCACAGAUGCGAAAAAGAUGGAUUCCAGUUACAGACGUAAAAUUCUCUUGACGAUUCCAUGGAUUCAACAAAUUGACGCCACUCUAGCGCGAUGACAUCCAAGAGACGGUUUAAGUUGUUGACUCUGUUUGAUAUUUUUAUCAUGUGUGUAGAGAUUACCCAAGUAUAGUUAAAUCCAUUUCAAGCAGCUGCCUAUGAAAUUUUGUUUUCAAAAUUCCCCAUCUUCCUCAAAGGUAGCAUGACAUGACAGUUAAAAAAAUUUUAAAAUUUGUGUUGUUUAACGACACCACUAGAGCACAUUGAUUUAUUAAUCAUCGGCUAUUGGAUGACAAACAUUUGGUAAUUUUGACAUAUAGUCUAAGAAAGGAAACCUGCUACAUUUUUCCAAUAGUAGCAUGGGAUCUUUUAUAUGUACCAUCCCACAGAUGGGAUAUACCAAUCAUGGAGAUGUCUAAUAUAUAUAAUCAUCGGCCAUUGGAUGUCAUCAUUUGGUUAUUCCGACAUACAGUUUAAGAGAGGAAACCUGCUACAUUAUUCCAUUAGUAGCAAAGGAUCUUUUAUAUGCAUCAUCCCAUACAGGAUAGCACAUACCACAGCCUUUGAUAUACCAGUCAUGGGGAUAUCUAAUAUA